GAGUGCCGAGAGUUAAGGUGACAAUAUGGUUGGCUGGUGCAAUGAAAUGAUUUCUCCUCCUGCCCGAAGUAAAAGCAGAUCGAACAAGGUCGAUUAACGAUCAGUGUUCAGUGUUCUCCUCUCUCUCAGGAUGGCUGCACCUAGAUUGUUUUUGCUCUUAUGCCUUUUGGUGGCUUUUGCGGCGGCCCUGCCCCAGAGAAAGAACCAGCCAGGAUCAAGGUCGAAGGCACCUCCGCCCAAGGCGCAGCAGGAGGACGAUGAACAGUUUUCGGACGAGUGUCCCGAGCCGAACGGCUAUUUCGCCGAUGCUGAACAGUGCGACAAGUACUACGCGUGCACGGAGGGUGUGAUCGAAGAGCGUCUCUGCCCUGACGGCAUGGUCUUCAACGACUUCAGCUCGCAGCACGAAAAGUGCGAUCUUCCCUUCGGAAUCGACUGCUCCCAGAGGCCCAAAUUGCAGACUCCUCAGCCGAGCACCCACUGUCCCCGCAAACACGGAUACUUUGCCCACGCAGACCCCAAAAUUUGCGACAAGUUCUACUACUGCGUCGACGGCAUGUUCAACGCAAUCACCUGCCCUGAUGGUCUUGUCUACAGCGCCAAGACCGGCAUCUGCACCUGGCCCGAUGAGGCUCAGAAGAAGCACUGCUCCUCUGAAGAUGUGUUCAAUUUCUCGUGCCCCAAAACGAACCAGACUGGAAUGGCGAUUCACCCCAGGUACGCUGACCCUGAAGACUGCCAGUUUUUCUACGUGUGCAUCAACGGAGAAACUCCACGCAGGAACGGCUGCAUGCUAGGAAAGGUCUUCAAUGACGCCACCAAGUCUUGCGACUCGGUCAAGAAUGUUCCUGAAUGCAAGGACUGGUACAAGGGCGUCCUGACCGAUGCGGAGUUGGAGCGUCUCGACAAGCCCAAACCCAAGCCCAAGACCCCAAGCGAGUCAGCCACCACCGCCCCACACAGGAGCAGACGUCCUUCCCAGAAGGCCAAGCCUGCGGUUAGCCAAGAGGAGGACGAGGCUUGAGCUUAGACGCUAUCUUAAUUAAUGUUUUAAUUUAAUAAUCGCGCGCCUUUUGUAUUUGAAAAUAUGGUUUUCACGAACGUGUAUGCUCUCUGCAUUACGCAGAUCUCCUAAGAUAUAAAGUAAAUGAGGAUGAAUUGAUUAUGCAGCCAUGUUGGAUGGAUAUUUAAAAAGUGAUUGAAAUAAAACUAUUGUGUAGUAAGAA